CGGGGAAGAGCGUCAGAGGCGCGUUCACGUCCACACGCUGAGGCUUCACAAGACAGCGUCUCAUGAACACAGGAAGCCUUUAAAACAACACUUGCUUUUAUCCCCCAGUCCCAGAAUGGACACCACCGACCCUUGUGGAUUCUGAAGCCCGCACUGACGUCCAUCUUGGACCGGCUAAAGGACCCCCUCCCAACCCACAACCCCCUUUGACCGCCUCACUCCGGCUGCAGUCAGUCACCCAAGCCAGAGACAGAAUGUCUAGUAGCCCCGAAGAUGCUCUCUCCAGGGGCGGCGGCUCCGACCUCAAACUCGCCUCUUCGAACAACACAUCACCGGAGGGUACACAGCCGCUGCCGCUGCACCAGAACCGAAUAAGGCAGUCGGACAGUAACACCAGUUUCCUGCGGGCUGCCAGAGCUGGAAACAUUGAUAAAGUCCUUGAGUUCUUGAAAAAUGGAGUCGACAUUAGCACCUGCAAUCAGAAUGGAUUGAAUGCCUUGCAUUUGGCAGCCAAAGAGGGACACCAGGAUCUAGUGGAGGAACUGUUGGAGAGAGGAGCACCUGUUGACUCAUCCACCAAGAAAGGAAACACUGCCCUCCAUAUUGCCUCGCUGGCUGGGCAAAGAGAGGUAGUCCGCCUGUUAGUCAAGAGAGGAGCUGAUGUGAAUUCUCAGUCGCAGAAUGGCUUUACGCCACUCUACAUGGCUGCACAGGAGAAUCACCUGGAGGUUGUAAGAUACCUGUUGGAAAAUGAUGGCAACCAGAGCAUUGCAACAGAGGACGGCUUCACACCACUUGCCAUUGCCCUCCAGCAAGGCCACAACUCAGUGGUGUCCCUGCUUUUGGAGCACGACACCAAAGGCAAAGUGCGCCUACCCGCCUUGCACAUUGCGGCUCGCAAGGACGACACCAAGUCGGCCGCACUGCUGCUCCAGAACGACCACAAUGCCGAUGUGCAAUCCAAGAUGAUGGUCAAUAGAACCACAGAGAGUGGUUUCACCCCUCUGCACAUCGCCGCUCACUAUGGCAACGUGAAUGUCUCCACCCUGUUGCUGAACAGAGGAGCCGCUGUGGACUUCACAGCAAGGAAUGGAAUAACACCUCUACAUGUGGCCUCAAAAAGAGGUAACACCAAUAUGGUGGUCCUGCUGUUGGAUCGAGGAGCUCAGAUUGAUGCUAAAACCAGGGAUGGGCUGACUCCCUUACACUGUGCAGCCAGAAGUGGGCAUGAUCCUGCAGUGGAGCUGCUGCUGGAGAGAGGAGCACCCAUCUUAGCCAGAACCAAGAACGGACUGUCCCCGCUGCACAUGUCAGCCCAGGGCGACCACGUGGAGUGCGUGAAGCUGCUGUUGCAGCACAAGGCGCCGGUUGAUGACGUCACACUGGACUACCUCACAGCACUUCACGUCGCGGCCCACUGCGGCCACUACAGGGUCACGAAGUUGCUGCUGGACAAGAAGGCCAAUCCGAAUGCGAGAGCACUGAAUGGUUUCACACCCCUACACAUUGCCUGUAAGAAGAACAGGGUGAAGGUGAUGGAGUUGUUGGUGAAAUACGGAGCAUCCAUACAGGCCAUUACUGAGUCGGGCUUGACUCCCAUCCACGUUGCUGCCUUCAUGGGCCACCUCAACAUUGUUUUACUUCUACUGCAGAAUGGUGCCUCGCCUGAUGUCCGCAACAUUCGUGGCGAAACCGCUCUGCACAUGGCAGCUCGAGCAGGCCAGAUGGAAGUGGUGCGCUGUUUGCUGAGGAACGGAGCGCUGGUGGAUGCCAUGGCCAGGGAGGACCAGACCCCUCUCCACAUUGCGUCCCGUUUAGGGAAAACAGACAUUGUCCAGCUGCUCCUCCAGCACAUGGCCCACCCAGAUGCUGCCACCAUCAACGGCUACACUCCCCUUCACAUUUCAGCUAGAGAGGGCCAAGUGGAGACAGCUGCCGUGCUGCUGGAGGCCGGAGCAUCACACUCGAUGGCCACUAAGAAAGGAUUUACUCCAUUACAUGUAGCAGCUAAGUAUGGAAGCCUUGAUGUAGCAAAACUACUACUACAGCGCAAAGCACUCCCUGAUGAUGCUGGCAAAAAUGGCCUAACUCCGCUCCAUGUGGCGGCUCAUUAUGACAACCAAGAGGUGGCGCUCCUGCUGCUGGGCAAAGGGGCAUCACCUCAUGCGACUGCAAAGAACGGCUACACUCCCCUUCACAUUGCAGCCAAAAAGAACCAGACUACUAUUGCGUUAUCGCUGCUGCAGUAUGGCGCAGAGACCAAUGUUCUGACCAAGCAGGGAGUCAGUCCUCUUCACCUGGCUGCACAGGAGGGACACGCGGAGAUGGCCAGCUUGCUGCUGGGCAAAGGAGCUCACAUCAACACAGCAACCAAGAGUGGACUGACGCCUCUGCAUCUCACAGCACAAGAGGACAGAGUCAGUGCUGCAGAAGUAUUGGCCAAACAUGAUGCCAACCUGGACCAGCAGACAAAGCUUGGCUACACACCUCUGAUAGUAGCCUGUCAUUAUGGAAACGCCAAGAUGGUCAACUUCCUGCUACAGCAAGGUGCCAGUGUCAAUGCCAAAACCAAGAAUGGAUACACACCACUCCACCAGGCAGCACAACAAGGGAACACACAUAUUAUCAAUGUUUUGCUGCAACACGGGGCCAAACCCAGCGCUACCACAAUGAAUGGAAACACAGCCUUAUCCAUCGCCAGACGUCUGGGUUACAUCUCAGUGGUGGACACACUCAAAGUAGUCACUGAAGAAGUCAUCACUACCACAACAACGGUCACAGAGAAACACAAACUCAAUGUGCCAGAGACCAUGACGGAAAUACUUGACGUAUCUGAUGAAGAAGGUGAGGACACAAUGACGGGUGACGGCAGUGAAUACCUGAGAGCAGAGGACUUGCGUGAGCUUGGAGAUGACUCUCUGCCAGGACACUACUUGGACAGCUUCAGCUACAUGAGCCACAAUCUGGACAGGCCUCAGCACCAAAGCUUCCAUCAGAGGGAUGACAUUCUUAUUGAGGAUAUGAUCACAAGCCACCAGGUGUCAGCUCUGUCGAGAGAGCACGAGAAGGACUCGUUCCGCCUGAGCUGGGGGGCCGAGCAUCUUGAUAAUGUGGUGCUGUCCUCCAGCCUGCUACACUCCGGCUUUCUGGUCAGUUUCAUGGUAGAUGCAAGGGGCGGGGCAAUGCGUGGCUGCCGUCACAACGGCUUGAGAAUCAUCGUCCCACCAAGGAAGUGUUCUGCACCCACGAGGGUGACAUGUAGGCUGGUAAAGAGACACCGCCUGGCCUCCAUGCCCCCAAUGGUGGAAGGUGAGGGACUGGCUGGUCGCAUCAUCGAAGUGGGACCCACCGGAGCCCAGUUCCUGGGUAAGCUCCACCUUCCCACGGCUCCGCCCCCUUUGAAUGAGGGCGAGAGCCUGGUCAGUCGCAUCCUGCAACUGGGUCCUCCAGGAACCAAGUUCCUCGGGCCUGUGAUUGUGGAGAUCCCACAUUUUGCUGCUCUAAGGGGCACUGAGAGAGAGUUGGUCAUCUUGAGGAGUGAAACUGGAGAAAACUGGAGGGAGCACCAUUGUGAUUUCACUGAAGAGGAACUCAACCAGAUACUUAAUGGCAUGGAUGAAAAACUGGAUUCCCCCGAGGAGCUUGAGAAAAAAAGAAUUUGCCGCAUCAUCACGCGAGACUUUCCGCAGUAUUUUGCUGUGGUGUCUCGGAUAAAGCAGGACAGUCAUCUGAUCGGUCCAGAGGGCGGCGUCCUCAGUAGCACUCUUGUUCCUCAGGUCCAGGCCGUCUUCCCUGAGGGAGCCCUUACCAAGAAGAUCCGAGUUGGGCUACAGGCUCAGCCCAUUGAAGUGGACGUGGUGAGAAAGAUCCUUGGCAACAAGGCGACAUUCAGUCCAAUUGUCACACUGGAACCAAGAAGACGGAAAUUUCAUAAACCAAUCACCAUGACAAUCCCUAUUCCCAAGAGUUCAAACAAUGAAGGGCUUGGAUCAGUGUAUAGCGGGGAGACGCCUACCUUACGUUUGCUUUGCAGUAUUACAGGAGGGACAACACCAGCUCAAUGGGAGGACAUCACCGGCUCUACACCACUUACCUUUGUUAAUCAGUGCGUUUCCUUCACUACCAAUGUGUCAGCAAGGUUUUGGCUGAUAGACUGCCGACAGGUUCAGGAUGCUGUUAGUUUUGCCUCUCAGUUGUACAGAGAGAUCAUUUGUGUCCCAUACAUGGCCAAGUUCGUCAUCUUUGCAAAGACUUUAGACCCCAUUGAGGCACGACUGCGCUGUUUCUGCAUGACCGAUGACAAAAUGGACAAGACACUGGAGCAGCAAGAGAACUUCACUGAAGUUGCUCGUAGUCGAGAUGUUGAGGUCCUGGAAGGAAAACCAAUAUUUGCUGACUGUUUUGGAAAUCUGGUGCCUCUUACCAAGAGUGGACAGCAUCAUGUGUUCAGCUUCUUUGCUUUCAAAGAGAACAGAUUAGCCCUCUUCAUUAAAAUUAGGGACACAGCACAGGAGCCGUGCGGCCGCCUUUCCUUCACGAAAGAACCACGCACAUACCGCAGUCUGAACCACAAUGCAAUCUGCAACCUUAACAUAACGCUGCCAACAUACUCAAAGGAGUCUGAUUCAGACCAAGAUGUGGAUGAUGAGAGUGAGAAGAGUGACAAGAAAUAUGACGAAUCUGAAUCGAUGGAGACGUUCUCACUGAAAACUAAUCAACCUCUCGACCCUGCAACUCUUGCAAGCCCUGACCUUCUAUCCGACAUGUCUGACAUCAAAAUUCCUGUCUUACUUUCCGAGCAAGUGGAUCGCUUCAUAAAUGUGGACACGGAUGGUGCUAGAUGGACAGAGGAAACUGACACUCUGGCUAAAUAUGACUUCAGAGAAAGGCACCAAAAGUUUGGAGAGAUUGAAAGUGACCGGAUUAAUAACACUAAAGAGCAAGAAGGUGGUGGUGGAAAGGCAGAGCAGCUCUCAGUAUUUGAAUCCCAGGCUGUGAAACUAAGGAAUGUACCUGUUGAACAAAAGCACACAUUAAGUCAAUCUGCUACACAGGACAGAGACACGAUAAGGAUGGACUCUUGCUUCAGCAUAGAACGUAUGGGUGAUUCUCAGGAGUUCCAAGAUACACAGCGUAUUGUGAAGUCUAAUGGUAAACAACGGCCCCCAGAUAUCAAAAAACCUAUUCGGAGGAAACUUCGAGACAGAGAACGUUCUAGAUGUAGUAGCUCAGAGGGAGAGCUGGAAAGGAUGAGCUCUGAGGAGUCUUUAGACGGUGAUACUGUUCUUAAUGAGAGUGGUCUUCUUCUCACGCCAGUAAUGGAUCCACCAGCUUCUCCUCGUGUGGUUGAGACACCUAUAGGAUCAAUAAAGGACCGUGUUAAAGCGUUACAAAACAAAGUUGAAGAGGAGGAACAAAAACAUGAUGUGGUCCUGAUUUCAAGAUCAUUUGUUACCACAACAAAAAUGGAGGGUGACAUGCCACAACUCCCCAGCGUUCCCAAAUCACCCAGAUCUCAGACAGAAAGAUUAGAAGAGACAAUGUCUGUUAAGGAACUGAUGAAAGCAUUCCAGACCGGUCAGGACCCUUCAAAGAAUAAAUCAGGGCUUUUUGAGCAUAAAGCAUUGCCUUCUUGUGAUUCCACUCUAACAAGCGAACCAGCAGAUUCUGAAGAUAAAUGGGGCACGGACCAAAGGCCUACACAGCCAUCAAAAUCUCAAAGUCAUAGCAUUAGAGUUCUCCAUAAGAAUGACUUUCAGGGAAGUGACAGAAAUCAACCUAUAGGCAUACUUAAAGAGACCUCUCAGGACUCACUGUUAAUUUCAGAUGCAUAUGUUGGAAAGACAGUCACUUUUUGUGAUGAUGCGGGGAUUCACCCUCGCAAAAUGUCAACUGAGUCUUCAGAAAAAGAGAGUAUGUCUGUUAAGGAGCUAAUGAAAGCAUUCCAGACUGGGCAGGACACUUCAGAGAGUAAACUUGGGAUUUUUGAACACAAAUCCACUGCUCCCUCAAGUAUUUUACCACAUGGAUCAGUCAUUACCAAUGAAGCAGCCAGCACACAGGCAGAAAAAUCACAGCUCAUUUCGAAUACCGAUUGUAUUGAAAACCCAGUAGACAGUGUUUAUACAAUUCAGCAUGGUGAUGGAAGGAUUAGUCCUCAGAGAGAUGUGUUGCCAGGCAGAGGUCUGGGUCUGAUGCAAGGCGAACAACAAUCCAUUGGUACUGGCAUGACUUUAUCUGAAGACUUGCAGAUAAGCCCUGACCGCAGACCUUCUGAAGACUUCAGUGCUGACAUAAAGGCUGAGCUAGAAGAUAGUCCGGAGUACCAACUAUUCAAGCAAACAUCCACAGCCGUGGAUGUCAGCAAUCAGCGAGAGAAAGCCGGUGAAGAAAGAUUUGUUGAUAGAGUAUCAAUCUACAGCCCAUUAGGAGAAACUGUUUCUGCUAUUGAGAAUCAAAACAUGAUUGAUAGUAAGCAAAGUCCAGAAAACAUGGCUGAAUUUUUUGACAAGACUGUUGACAUAAGGACACUGCAAUCCAGGUUCAUAGUGAACAAUGAAGGACAUGUAGUUACCCAUCAGAUGAACAAUGACAAUGAAGUUGAAGAAAUGACAGUUGAGGAACCACAACUUGAAGAAGUCUACAUUCAUAGGAAAACAGAUAAGCAGUCACCCACAGCAGCAAAAGAUAUGUCAGGGAUGGUUUACUCAAUGAAAUCUGACUUACAGCAGUAUCUACAAACCAGUCCUGUAGCAGAUCAACCACCAAAGGACAAUAUUAUUGACCAAACUUUUAAACAAAUAAUCUUAACGAAGGAUAAAGAGAAAGACAUUCACUCAUGUGCCUCUGGGUUUGGCACAGAACAUAAACAUUUUGGAGAAACUGUUACAAGUGGAGACAAAAUCAGGACACCCUAUUCCAGUUUGGGAGAAGACUACCAAGGACUUGCAAGAGCCCAUCAGAUGAACACUGAUGAAGAAAUCACAGUUGAUGAACCAGUACUUGAAGAAUUCCACAUUGGCAGGAAAAUUGAUAACAAGAUUCCAACAACAAUGAAAGACAUGUCAGGGUUGGCGUGCUUAAUGAAAACUGAAUUGGAUCAGUGUCUAGGUACAGGCUUUGUAGUAGAUCGACCACCACAAGAGGAUAUCACAGAAGAUGUUUUUGAACAAAUUAUUCAAACAAAGGAAAAACAGAAAGGCAUUCACCCAUUUGCCUCUGAUAAAUUUGGGUACAGCACAGAACGUACAUAUUUUGAAGAAACUGUUAUAAGUGGAGACAGAAUCAGGACACCCUAUUCCAGUUUAGGAGAAGACUAUGAAGAACGACCAGCACUCCAUCAGAUGAGCACUGAUAAUGAAGAAAUCACAGUUAAUGAACCAGUGCUUGAAGAAGUCCACAUUGACAGGAAAAUUGAUAACAAGACCCAAACAACAGUGAAAGACAUGUCGGGUUUGGAGUCCUUAAUGACAACUGACUUGGAUCAGUGUCUUGCUAGAGGGUUUGUAGCAGAUCGACCACCACAAGAGGAUAUUAUUGAAGAUGUUUGUGAACAAAUUAUCCAAAAAAAGGAGCAAGAGAAAGACAUUCACCCAUUUGCCUCUGAUAAGUUUGAGUACAGCACAGAACAUACAUAUUUUGAAAGAACUGCCAUAAGUGGAGACAGAAUUAGCACAACUCAUUCCAGUUUAGGAGACGACUAUGAAGGACACAUGAACGCUGAUAACGAAAAAAUCACAGUUGAUGAACCAGUACUCGAAGAAGUCCACAUUGGCAGAAAAAUGGAUAAUAAGAGUACAACAACAAUGAAAGACAUGUCAGGGUUGGUGUCCUUAAUGACAACUGACUUGGAUCAGUGUCUAGCUACGAGGUUUGUGGCAGAUCAACCACCACAAGAGGAUAUUAUCAAGGACAUUUUUGAACAAAUUAUCCAACCAAAGGAAAAAGGGAAAGACAUUCACCCAUUUGCCUCUGAUACAUUUGGGUACAGCACAGAACAAACAUACUUUGACAAAAGUCUUAUAAGUGGAGUCAGAAUUAAGACAGCUCAUUCCAGUUUAGGAGAAGACUGUGAUUUGCGAGAAGACUAUGAAGGACUACCAUUAGCCCAUCAGAUGAACGUUGAUCAUGAAGAAAUCACAGUUGAUGAACCACUACUUGAGGAAGUCUACAUUGGCAGGAAAACUGAUAACAAGACUCCAACAACAAUGAAAGACAUGUCAGGUUUGGAGUCUUCAAUGACAACUGACUUGGAUCAGUUUCUAGCUACGAGGUUUGUAGCAGAUCAACCACCACAGAAGGAUAUUAUUGAGGACAAUUUUGAACAAAUUAUCCUAACAAAGGAAAAAGAGACAGAUAUAGACACAAUUGCCUCUAAUAUGUUAGAGUUUGUCACAGAACAUGUAUAUUUGGAAGAAACCGUUAUAGGUGGAGACAGAAUUAGGACACGUAAUUCCAGUUUGGGAGAAGACUGUCAUUUGGGCAAAGACUAUGAAGGACUUUCAGUGGCUCAUCACAUGAACACUGAUAAUGAGGACAUCGCAGUUGAUGAACCAGUACUUGAAGAAGUCCACAUUGGCAGGAAAACCGAUUACAGGACCCCAACAACAUUGAAAGAUAUGUCAGGGUUGGAGUCCUUCAUGGCAAUUGACUUGGAUCAGUGUCUAGCAACAGAACUUGUAGCAGAUCAACCACAACAAGAGGACAUUAUUGAUGAACAUUUUGAACAAGUUAUCCUAACAAAGGAUAAGGAGAAAGACAUUCAGAUGUUUGCCUCAGAUGAAAUUGUGUUUGGCACAGGACAUAAACAUUUUGAGGAAACUAUUAAAGGUGGAGACAGAAAUAGGACACCUCGUUCCAGUUUGAGAGAGGACAAUGGAGAACUUGCUGUGGGCCCUCAAAAUAACACUGACGAUGAAGAAAUCACAGUGGAUGAACCACUACUUGAAGAAGUCCACAUUAACAGUAAAACCGAUAACAAGGUUCCCACAACAGUGAAAGAUAUUUCAGAGCUGGAGUCCUUCAUGUCAACUGACUUGGAUCAGUGUCUGGCAACAGGGUUUCUAGCAGAUGAACCACAACAAGAGGAUAUUAUUGAGGAACAUUUGGAAGAAAUUAUCCUAAGAAAGGAUAAAGAGAAAGACACUCACACAUUUGCCUCAGAUGACAUUGUGUUUGGCACAAAACAUAAAUAUUUCCAAGAAACGAUUAAAAGUGAGGACAGAGGACUUGCAGUGACACAUCAUCUGAACGCUGAUAAUAAAGAAAUUACAGUUGAUGAAACACUACUUAAAGAAGUCCACAUUAACAGCAAAACCGAUAUCCAGGCUUCCAGAGCAACAAAAGAUAUGUCAGGGUUGGCGUCCUUAAUGACAACUGACUUGGAUCAGUGUUUGGCUACAGGGUUUGUAGCAGAUCAACCACAAGACAAUAUAAUUGAGGAAUGUUUUGACCAAACUAUUUUAACAAACAAAAAAGAGGGGAAAAUAUACCCAUUUUCUUCUGACAUUAAAGACAAGACUAUCUUUGUCUCUGAGCGAGAAAACAUUCAUGCAAAGAUGGAAAAUCGUUCAUUUGAAAUGAAAGAUAAAGACGCUGAGAAUGAAGCUAAAGAAUCCAACUAUGUAAAUACAGAGCUAACAGUCAAUGAUAUAAUACAAGAUAUUGGUACACUUAAUGUCCAGAGGGGAACUGAAGAGGGAUCAAGUGCAUUUGAGGAACAUCAUUACUUCACUGAAGAGGUACCUCUAACGGAGGAAUGGGUGGGGCAGAAGCCUUCUUAUCAACUCUCCAAAAAUGUAAAGGAGAUGUCAGGCAUGAUAUCCCUGCUAAAAUGUGACUUAGACCAAUACCUCAUUGAUAGGCCAGUGGCACAUGAGGCUCCACAAGAGGACAAUGUCCAGGACAAAUUUCAACAAGUUAUUAUUGCCAAAGUCCAUAAACCCUCUUGUGAGGAGACAGCAACAACAGUGUUUGAAAACGUGGAAAACAAGCAAGAUGGUCAGACACAAAUGCUGACGGAUAUUGUUGAAGUCAAAGAGAGGGAUAUGUCAGGUAUGUUGUCAGUUCUUGGUAGUGAAUUAGAGAAGUGUUUCAAAGACAAUCACAUGGAAACCCGAGAAGAUACAAUAAGUGGAGCAGCAAUCACAGCAAUGCAACCUAGUGAUGAAUUAGAGAAGCCAAUGCACCAAGUUUGGAUUGAGAGAAAGGCCAGACAGCAGCAGUGUAUAACUGAACAAGAUAUGUCAGGCAUGGCAUCACUGCUGAGUUUUGACAUUGACCAAUCUUUAAAGGAAGAGCCAGUGAUGACGCAAGGCCAUCCAGAAGAGGAGGUGGUCCACGAGAGCUGCAGACAGGUUAUAAUAUCAAAAGACAGAGAAACAUCCACAUUUUUGCCAGUUCCACAUUUUAGCAGCUACAGUGAAAGUACUGUAAAAAUGACAAAGCCAUAUGAAACAAUACGUGAAUGCAACAAUGACUAUAAAGAUGACAGUUUUGGUACCAUUAUCUCAACUACACCACAACGGCCAGCUGAUUUAAAGAACUUAGACACUGUGGUUUUUGAUGAAUCAGUUAAAGAGCUUUAUCCACACGACUCGCUGGAAGCAAGUCCUGUUGUGGAGGACAUAUCUUCAAAGAAAUCCCCAGACUCCAUUGAACCAAGCCCUACCAGAAAAUCUCCUUGUCCAGACUCUCUUGAAGGAAGUCCCACUCAAUCAGAGAAAAUAGAAGAUCAAAUGUCGCACAAGGCAGCUGUGUAUGAGGAUUAUGCAUCACAGCUAAAAGCAUGUUUGGAUUAUGAUACAAUUAUUUGCAUGGAUGGCAAUGAGCCCAAUGAGUCAGAAAACAUCACACAAAUGGAAGGAGACAAAUAUUUCACAUUUCAUGAAGAUGACAGUGAGGAUCAGUCCACCAACAAACAAUUUACUCCAGAAGAGGAGAUGUUUAAAAUGGCUGCAAGGAUCAAAACUUUUGAAGAAAUGGAACAAGAGGCUAAAACCAAGAGGGACACAUCCUCAUGUGUGCCAUCACAGACAGGAAUCACAGAAGACUCGUUCCCAGACUUACAAGAUAAUCCACUCCAAGAUAAUGGUUCAGAUUCUUUUACUGAACCUCUGGCUAUAGUGUCUGCUAAAGAAACCAAAUAUGAUACACCAAGUUGUGAAUAUUCUGUAGCCUUCAGUGAGCAAGUUGAUCUGGCAGAGGACAGAAAAAAGCUUGAUAAAUCCCCUGUUCAAACACCAAUUGAUGACAAAACCCCAGAUCAAUUUCAGUUUGAAGAGGGAAAGCUAUUUGAAAUGACCAGAGGGGGUGCAAUUGAUCUGACAAGAAGUACUGAUGAAGAGGCUGAAGGAUAUGCAUUUUUUCAAGUAGAGGGACAUCCAACUGAAGUUGUUUCAGAGGAAACUGGAGGGGAGCAAAACACCUUGUCAACAUUUGAUAAAAGGUAUUCAGCUGCAGAGGAAAUGCUACAGAAGACAAGGGAUGACAAAGUUUCAACUCCCAAAGCCAGAACUUUCCUCCCUCAUUCAAGUGACAAGUCAAAGGGUGAUAAACAUCUUUCUGAAGCAGAUCUUGGCAGCUCUACAGAAGUUCAGCUUGGCUCCCCCAGUGGCUUGGAGAAGCUGACCAUUAUUCAAGGUGAUGAUGAAAGCUUUAAAGGCCUUGGUGAAAACUACCUUGACUGUACAGUAGCAGCUCUUCAGUCAAACACAAACAUAGUGGACCAAUCUGCAUACUCAAAGCAGAGUUACAAUUCCUCCUACUCCUCCCCUGAUGAGGAUGAUGACGAUCAUUGUUCAGUAAUUGAGAUGUCCUUUUUGGGUGCACAGACUAUUAUUAAUCAAGGCAGCAAAGCAAAUGAAUCUGAACCUGAUUUGGCUGCCAAAAAGAAGGAUUCAUCCAUGAAUCGCAGGACAAGAUCUGAGACAGAUAGUGGCCCAAGUAAAGCCUCAGAUAAAAAUAGCAGGAGUUGUUCUGAAAGCAGUCAGUCCACACAUCAAUCCAACCUGUCUCUGGCCAAACCUCUCCUCUCCACAAAACAGAAACACAAAGAAAUCCGUAUCUGUAACGCUGAAGAAUCAUCUGUUUCUUUGGAUACUGAUGACAUAAGCAGCUCAAGUCACAAGAGCCCAGAUUCUGUUAUUUUUACAUAUGACAUGCCAGCCUUGAGUAGUUCAGAUUCAGAUCCCAUUACGGCUGUGCACCCGUCUUCUAGUACCGUGGAUCUAUUUGAAUCUAGGCCUACCUGGGAUGACAAGGUGGAAACACAGAUGCAGAGAAUCACCGGGGAUCAAACUUCACAAUGUACGGCAGUGGAUUGGCAGGAUGAUGCUGACAGGAAAGAGGAGACAUUAGCCAUCAUUGCAGAUCUCCUUGGCUUCAGUUGGACUGAGCUGGCAAGGGAACUGGAAUUUAGUGAGGAUGACAUUCAAUCAGUUAGGUCAGAGAAUCCCAAUUCACUUCAAGAGCAGAGUCAUGCCUUACUUCAGCGAUGGGUUGAACGAGAAGGCAAACAUGCCACAGAGGAUUGCCUGAUUAAAAGACUGACCAAGAUCAACCGCAUGGACAUUGUUCACCUAAUUGAAACCCAGAUGAACAAGUCAAUUCAAGAGCAAACCUCAAGAACAUAUGCUGAGAUUGAGAAAACCCUGGACCAUAGUGAAGUGUCAGUGGCUCUGUCUUCAGUGCAAGAGGAUGUGGACAGCCCCAGGAUUGUGAGAAGGAUAGAGUCAGAUCGCAAGCCACCCCCAGCUGUUUCUGAAGAGGACCUCUCCGUCGCUUCUCUGUUAGACAUUCCCUCGUGGGCGGAGCCUGCUGGACAUACCCACUCAGAGAGCAUGCAUGGCGACCUCUUGGAGGAGCUUGACAUCACACAUGAACUGAACCCAAACCUGUGGACGUCAGAUGAUGUAAUUUCACAUGAACGUACACGCUAUGUCAACUUUGAUGAGCAAGCUGAUGAAAUGCCUGAACUUCCAAGCCAGUCUGUGACAGAGGAAAAGUACAAAGAUGAAAAUGGCCACAUUGUUGUCAGAAAGAUUUCGAGAAAAAUUAUUCGCAAGUGUGUUUCUUCGGAUGGUGUGGAGCGUGAGGAGGUCUCAAUAGAGGGAACCCCACAGGGGUCCAUCAGUGUUGCAGAGGGAGACAGCUACUCCAAAGUGGUGAAGCGCACUGUACUAAAGAGUGAGGGAGACCAUACAGAGGUAACAUUUUCUGAACGUGAGGGUUUCUCAACAUCCCAACAAGAGACAUCGGAGGUCCGUAAAGUCAGUCUGGCAGAAAGAACCACAGUAGUAGAAGGUAAAAGAACAGUGACACACAAAGGAGACAUGUCGUUGGCUUCUGACCUCCCGUCAGCCCAAGAGGACUUCAAACAGGGCCCACAUGCGUAAAGGUCAGACCCUCAGACAGACAGUGGUGCAAGGAGCUGGGCAUCCCAAACAGGUCCUUCUCGAGCAAGUGGACACCCCUACCAAAGGUUCCAAACCCCACGAACUCCAGCAGCACCUGCACCAGCUCUUUCAUCACUACUACAAAGAAGAACAGGAGGACCAUGAUGGUGAUGAAAAUGAGGAAGAGGAACAGUAGACGAAUGUGUAACGCACUCCCCUACUAUUUUAAGGUCCCCCACUACUUAUCCUAUGCAUUUGCCACAUGUAAUCUCAGCGUGCACCUACAAGCUACCAGUCUUCCCAUUUAAUUAAGAUAAAAAUUGUCCACAAUGAGACAUUUCCUUUCCUUGCUGGCAUUGUGUAUUCAUGAAUUUCAUUAUUUUUGCCUUGUUUUGUGACCAAAGAAUAACUUUUUCCUGAUCAAUCUUAGGUUUCAUGUCAACAACGUCUUUUCAUUAUUCUUCAACAAAAAUAUAUAUAUAUAAAAGAAAUGCUAUUCAGAUUUAUCCCAAACCUCCUGAGGGUAAGGAACAUUUCACCUGUGAAAUACUCUCCAGGGAGGGCUCUUGGGACGUCAUGCUAAACUGCCUCGCACAGCCAGACUUUGUGGGAUAACCUUUGCAAAGAAUAUUCACUGUACUACAGCCUGAGUAAACACGAGUGUAUUUAUUUAACUGCUGCUGCUGUUGUGUUUCUGUGUAGGCUAUGUGUAAUCUGUCUUUUGGGCAUUCUGAUAUACAACAAUUUAAUCUAAUCUAGACAAUACCGACAUCUGUAGCCUAGGAAUGAUUAAUCAGUCAUGUGAAGUAGAGCAGGCAUGACUAAUCAACAUUGAUCAGUAUGAUCUUUUGCUUUGUAGUUUUGUCCAUUUACCCCACUCAUCUUCUUUUUUUUUUUUUUUUUACCCCUUUCUGUGUGUUGUACUUAAACAGACGACUUUUCUUGGCACUGAGUCCUAAAUGAUUGAUCAUGGCUCUUAUUGUGUGAACGGUGACUGUGUGAGUGAGUAUUGCACUGUACUGUUAGUCUUACAUGUUGUUGGUCCAUGCAUGACCCAAUUAGCGUCUGCUUUGUCUGAGAUUAUUUUAAACACAUUGUAUGUUUUAUUUGAGAGAUUUUCUAGUGUCUAGAUAGUAUACAUUAUGAGAACAAGGUACAAUGGUAUAAACUUGACCGUGGUGUCCAAUAAUUAGCCCAUUUGGGGUACAUUAUUGCCCUCAAGGGACCGAAUUGGACUCCCACUGUACCCCUCAUUUGAGUCAGCUUCCAUUUGUUGUUAUUUAUUGUAAAAUGAUUCACAUUUUGCCAUUGAAAUAGGUAAAAUGAUCAUGUUUAUGAAUUAUUUAUUAUUAUUAACAUGUGUUGAGUGUGUGAUUGUGAGUGAAAGUUUUUUUUUUUUGGAGCGAGGAAGAGUAUGCACUGAUUUAUGUACGCAAACUAUAGAAACAUUUAUUUACACAAAACCGUAUCUGCACUCCUGAAUGUCAGGAUGGAACACCUCCAUGCUUUUUUGUGCACCGGCUGUGAUAAAGUAAAGUGAAUCUUUUGUGUAAUUUUAUUUUGGCAGUACAAAUUGAGUACUUGUAAGAUAGCGACACGAGCGAAAGGAGACAGGUUGAGUGCUUCCAUAAACCAUUAUUCCCUGUAUGUAACUCAAUCAUGUAAUGUAUUUAUGUCACCAUCACUGUUUGCGUUGCGAUUUAGGGGGAGGAUGAAAUCAUACUUUGUGGAAGUUCACUGUGACAGGUAUAUAUUUUUCAUUUUGAAAAAAAUGAGCGCCCCUUUUUCUGUGAUGCUGACAGUUAUAUACUCACAUGAUGCAUAUGUAUAGAUAUCUAUAAGGGCAUGUAUUGCUGUUCAAAACUCAAAAAGAUAAAGCAAAAUGGCUGCAGUGUGUUUAUGGCUGAUAAAUGAAAGCUGAGAAUAAAAUUCUAAAAAUGCA